UUGGUUCAGGCAUUACCUCAGGACAAAUUCAUCCUCCCAAGCGAAGAAGCUGGAGGAAGAGUUGAAGCUACAGAGGCAGCUCAUCCUCAUUUCACUUUGGAAAAUAUGGAAGUUCCAUCUACUUCUGUACAUCCCUCCGACUUGGGUUUUACUGAUUUGGAGACCGCUGUGAAGUCUUCUGAUUGUACCGAUGGUGCAAACUUUUCGAAAGUGGUAUCGAACCCGAAUCCAUUUGUUCACAUGCAUCAUGACCCCAGCAUCUCAACUUUGGAAGGCUCAGCAUCUUCCACGACAUCGCUUCCAGGUGUAGAAAAGAGUACUGCACCGAGUUACCAAUCCCAUCGCCGGAAUACCAGUGACACUUCGCAUAUCAUUCGAAGCGCUUUCAAGCCUUACAGUCAAUGGAAGGACCCAUCCCUCACUUAUAAUCAAACAUCGCAGUCAAGCUCGGGAUUAGACAAUUUCUCGGAUAAGCCUAAAAGUGAUGUCUGGAAUCCAUUUCUGGCAGCCCCCUUCGGCAGUUCACCAACAAUGGAUGACAGCCAUUUUGGGAGGUGCUUCGACGAAUUGCCUCGGAAAUCGGAAAAAGACAAAGGCUCUGAACUCUUGGACUCGUCCGGUGACCUCGAUCGGUGUUCCAUUGACUCUACAGAUCCAUUCGGUGCGGCGCCAUUUGUCCCCUUCACUGAAACACUACUAGCAGAAGAAGAAUCAAAGAGCGGUGGCCGCGCAGAUGCAGAUUCAGUUGGUUCAGUUUCUGACAUACGUGAGCGUGCCAUGGAAGAUGACAGUGAACAAGAUGAGCAGCGAAUGGUUGCUCGGAGACGGUUCAGCUAUGAGAACAUCGACGGUGUGGGUGAUGAUGCAAGCAGUGAUAGCCGUGGCAGAACUGAUCAUGACAGUACUGAUGACAUCAGUAAGAACGAAGAAUCAUCUUUUGAUGAGUUCAAUGGAGACGGUGAAUCAUCACAGCACACUGAUGUUGUUGGCAUUCCUAGCGACGAUGACUGUGCUGGGAGUCGGCCUCUUCUCGAAGACGACGCCUUGGAUGAUGAUGAAGAG